ACGCACAUUCCAGAAGACGAGAUAUAUGGCGGGAAAGCAAGGCGAGUGACCACGUGCGUCUCACGUGGACUCCCGCCAAGUAACGGAGAUUCAUCCCUUCAUCGUUCUCGCGCCUCUGUUUAGAUUUUUUCUUCUCCCUUUGUUUCACUUUCAAUUUAGCAAACCCUUGGCGCGAAAUUACGAGGUUUGGGUUAGGGCUUCGAUGGGGAGCAAGGUGACUGACCACCACGUGUCCACCGUCCGAUCCAUCGUCGGUUCGGAAUUUACCGACAUGGACAUCAUCAGAGCCCUACACAUGGCCAAAAACGACGUCACCGCAGCCAUCAACAUCAUCUUCGACACUCACAGUUCCCAAAAAUUCAAACUCCCUCGCAACAAUAAUCCCCAACCACAACCAGUUUCUCCUCUUAAACCAAAACCUACACCUCAUCACACUGUCACCGUCAACUCCAAGCACAGUGCCGGUGAUGGAGAUAACGAUAGUAGUAACUGCACUUCUGGCUCCGAUGAUUGGUGGUUCGUGGCUUGUGGCGAAAUGACAGGAUUAUCCACGUGUAAAGGGAGGACUAUAAAUUCCGGUGAUACAGUGAUUUUUAAGUUUCCCAAGAAGGCACUUUCUGCUUCACCUUCGUCGGGUAAGGGUUUCGGACGGUCAGCGACUUGCUCGGAGAUAGUUCGGUUCUCCACCGAACACGGUGGCGAGAUUGGUAGAAUACCGAACGAAUGGGCUCGGUGUCUCUUACCUCUUGUGAGAGAUAACAAGGUUAGGGUUGAAGGACACUGUAAAUUUGCGCCUAAUGUUUUGGGCAUCAUGGACUCUAUUACUUUGUCAGUCAGUGUUUUCAUCAAUAGUUCAGUGUUUGGUAAGCAUCACCAGGUUUCUCUCAAGGAUGCUACCAAUUCUACAGAUGAAUCCGUGUUUCAUCCGCUUCCAACCUUGUUUCGGUUGCUAGGCCUGAACCCUUUUAAGAAGGCAGAGUUAACUCCCGGUGAAUUCUAUUCUAAUAAGCGUCCUCUCAGUCAAACGGCCACAUUACUACGUGCCAAGUCUGAGCAUCCUUCUCAAAAUGGUCACAAGAAUGACAAUGAGGAUUCCAUUUCUGAAAUUGAUGUUGACAACAUUGUUGGUGUUGGAUCAAGCUCAGAGUUAGAGGAAAUGGAUCCCCCUGGUACUCUUCUGUGUGAACUACGGCCCUAUCAAAAACAGGCUCUUUAUUGGAUGAUCCAGAUGGAGAAGGGACGGGAUAUGGAUGAGACAGCAACAACCCUCCAUCCAUGUUGGGAGGCCUAUCACCUGGCUGACAAGAGGGAGCUUGCUAUUUAUUUGAAUGCAUUUUCUGGUGAAGCAACAACAGAAUUUCCUAGCACCCUUCAGAUGGCCAGAGGAGGAAUUUUAGCAGAUGCUAUGGGACUUGGAAAAACCAUCAUGACCAUAUCCCUUCUCCUUGCCCAUUCAGGGAAGGGUGGAUCAUUGGGCAAUCAACCCAUAACUCAGUCCUCUAUUGAAGGGGGUGAAUUUAGUGAUACAGUGCACAAUUUUUCAAGCAUACCUAAGAAGGCAACCAAAUUUGCUGGUUUUGAUAAACCGACAAAGCAAAAGAAUUCUCUAACAAGUGGUGGCAACUUGAUAAUAUGUCCCAUGACUCUUCUCGGGCAGUGGAAGGCUGAGAUUGAAACUCACGCACACCCUGGGUCUCUAUCUCUAUAUGUCCAUUAUGGACAGAGUAGGCCAAAAGAUGCAAAAAGUCUUGCUCAGAGUGAUGUUGUAAUUACUACAUAUGGAAUUUUGGCCUCUGAAUUUUCCAGUGAGAAUGCAGAGGAUAACGGUGGACUCUUCUCUAUUCAGUGGUUUAGAGUGGUUCUUGAUGAGGCACAUAAUAUAAAAUCUUCUAAAAGCCUAAUUUCUAUGGCAGCUACUGCUUUAAUUGCUGACAGACGUUGGUGUCUAACUGGCACUCCUAUUCAGAACAACCUUGAGGAUAUUUACAGUCUUCUACGGUUUCUGAGAAUAGAGCCUUGGGGUCAUUGGGCCUGGUGGAACAAACUUAUUCAGAAGCCAUUUGAGGGUGGUGAUGAAAGAGGCUUGAAGUUAGUUCAGUCCAUUUUGAAGCCAAUCAUGUUGAGGAGAACCAAACAUAGCACAGAUCGAGAGGGCAAGCCCAUCCUAGUUCUCCCUCCAGCUGAUAUGCAGAUAAUUUACUGUGAACACACAGAAGCUGAAAAGGAUUUUUAUGAGGCCCUAUUCAAAAGAUCUAAGGUGAAGUUUGACCAGUUUGUUGAACAAGGGCGUGUUCUUCAUAAUUAUGCUUCAAUAUUGGAGUUACUUUUACGUCUUCGACAAUGUUGUGACCAUCCUUUUCUUGUAAUGAGUCGCGGUGAUACUCAAGACUUUUCCGAUCUAAACAAACUAGCAAAGCGCUUCCUUAAAGGAACCCAUAAUGCCUCUGAAGGUGAAGGAAAAGAAGCACCUUCUCGGGCUUAUGUUCAAGAAGUUGUGGAAGAGCUACGUAAAGGGGAGCAGGGAGAGUGUCCAAUAUGUCUAGAAGCAUUUGAAGAUGCAGUCCUGACACCUUGUGCUCACCGCUUGUGUCGGGAAUGCCUCCUGGCAAGUUGGCGAAAUUCUACUUCUGGUUUAUGUCCUGUUUGUAGGAAAUUAAUCAGCAGGCAGGAUCUUAUCACUGCCCCUACUGAGAAUCGGUUUCAGGUGGAUAUUGAGAAGAAUUGGGUAGAGUCAUGCAAGGUAACACUUCUUUUGAAUGAACUUGAAAAUCUUCGCUCAUCAGGCUCCAAGAGCAUUGUUUUCAGCCAGUGGACUGCUUUUCUAGACCUUUUGCAGAUUGCCUUUACUCGGAAUAACAUUUCAUUUGUUCGUCUUGAUGGGACUUUGAAUCAGCAGCAGCGGGAAAAAGUAAUCAAACAAUUCUCAGAAGACAGCGACACCCUGGUGUUGUUAAUGUCACUAAAAGCUGGUGGGGUGGGCAUUAACCUAACAGCAGCUUCUAAUGCUUUUGUCAUGGACCCAUGGUGGAAUCCGGCUGUUGAGGAACAAGCUGUUAUGCGUAUUCAUCGCAUUGGACAAACAAAGAAGGUGGCCAUUAAACGAUUUAUUGUGAAGGGCACAGUUGAGGAGAGAAUGGAGGCAGUGCAAGCACGUAAACAACGAAUGAUUUCUGGUGCCUUGACUGAUCAAGAAGUUCGAACUGCACGAAUUGAGGAGUUAAAGAUGCUUUUUACUUAGACAACUGAAGCAGUGCAAGCAUGUUUAUUUGCUGUUAGGUGCACUAGUACCUUCUCAAAUUUUGCAUCCCCUGGUUUUCUCUUGAUCUCAAGUGCUGGUGAGUGCAAGGUAGUUGUGAUUCGCAACAUGAAGGUGCUUUGUAGGCGGCAUGUGUAUCAGGACGUUGUCUCUUAGCUUGCAAUUUCCAUGGCGAGAUCCAGUUUAGUGGACAUCUUGAUCAACACAAUGCUUGAAUCAGGCUGUAUGGAUUGGAAGGUGCCAAUUAGGUGAACAUCUUCAAUGUAAUUGGGGACAUAUGCUAUUGUUAUGCUAUGUUUGGACGUGGGGAACGAGUGGAAAGAGAAAGGAAUGGAUAGACUUAUUUCUCAUUGAUAUUUGAAGUUGAAAAUAACGUAGAAGGAAAGAUAGGUUAUAAAAUUAAAUUUUCAGUAGAGUUCUCACCUUGUCAAAUCUUAUAAUUCGAGCCAAGGGUAUGUAUGUAAUUCAAUAUUAAUUAAAAUUGAUUUCUUUCGUUUGCAUUCCCCAAUUUGGAAGGAAGAAUUAUUGGGGUUAUAUGUUGAUCAGCUUGAUUGUGUCUACGUAGUUUUCCUUUCUUUCG